CACCAAGUAAAGACAAGUUCUAAAAGUUUAAUAGUGCACUCAGACCGAUGCAAUGAGGUUUGUAAUUUUCUUUGUUUAUUCAAUUAUAGUCUGUGCAUAUGCAGAGGAUAUCGAGGAGAGACUGUCAAAAUUGGAGGAUGAACUGUCAACCCAUAAGGAAGGUCUAGGAAAAGUCUUAAAGUUAGAGGAAGCGGUCAGAAGAUUAGAAGAAAAUGUGAAGGCCCAAGCCGAAGUUAUAAAACGGCUAGACCAUUCAUGUGUCAGAGGACAGAACGUGACCUCCCGGUCAACAAAUACAGUUAAGAGAGUUGCAGAAACAGUCGCAUUUACGGCGUUUAUGGACAAAGACGCUUACCAUAUGGGUAUUAACCAACCUUUACCCUUCAAUAACGUUCUGACUAAUAUUGGAGGAGGAUAUCACCCUAUGACGUACAUAUUUACGAGCCUUGUGAGCGGACUGUAUCUGUUCAGCUUUGCCGUUGCUGAGUUAAGUGCACGUGAGAUUACUACUCGACUAGUCAUUGACGGACAAAAUGUAGUUGACGCUAUUGCUGACCCUUUUCACUCCGGUCAAGGUAUUCAGGGAACAAACACUGCUGUCCUUCAGGUAUUAUAA